AUGUCCUACGAUGAUGUGGAGAUUGAAGAUAUGGAAUGGAACGAGGAGCUUAAGGCAUUCACGUAUCCUUGUCCUUGUGGAGACUUGUUUCAGAUCACAAAAGAGGACUUGAAGAUUGGUGAAGAAAUCGCCAGGUGUCCUAGUUGCUCUCUUUACAUCACUGUCAUAUACAACAUGCAAGAUUUAGAAUUCACCAAUCAGAAAUCAAAAACAAAUAUCGAACCCGUGAAGCAACAACCAGUAGUUGUCGCUUGA